CGUUGUUGUUGGAACGAACUAAAAAAAAGAAGAAAAAGAAAAGAAACGGCGUUAAAAACAAUAAUUUUUUACGGGCUACACGGCAGAUGAUUUUCCGAAAAGAAGAAAACUCCACAAACUCGAAAUACAAAAAACGUCUCACGUUCGGUUGUGUUUUUAACUUUUAUUAACAAAUAGAAAAUAUUGCAAUUAUAAUUGCAGUGUAUUUUGCAUUUCACUUUGCUUUGUGAAAGUCGAAUUUGUGAUUUGCAAGUGAGAAAAAAACCAGCAAACCGAAACCACAAUUGCAAAAUGCAUCAAAUAUGCACGUGAACUUCGCACAGUGUACGAGUGUGCGCAGGUGUGGUUGUGUGUAUGUGAAAGUUCGAGUGAAAGUAGCUUGAAAAUAGGAAAAAAAAAUAAAAUAGCUAGCUACAAAUACAGCACUUGCACAGCUAAACCAAAAUAAAUAAAAAUUAAAAUUAUAUAUAAAUAAAAUCAAAGAAACACUGACAGAACCAUGACUCUGUGUCCGCCAAUAAAUCUGCAUCCCACCCACCGUCCCUGCGCCCUGCGUCCGGCGGCGCCCUCGCCCUCGGAACGGAGGAGCAUCGCCCGGAAUUUAUUUGGCAAUGCGCCCGGCGACUCGAACAUCGACGAACUGCUGGCCAAGGAGCAGCGCAAGAUUGUCAUCCGCAUCAAGGAGCACUACAACUUUGAUAUCCUGGCGGAGGAGCAGCGCGAACAGGCGGCGGCUGAGAUCACCGGUCAGCGGUAUCCCUAUCAAUCCGUCGUCUUGGUGACACCACCGCUCAGCGAUUCUGCCAGCCCCAAAUCCUGUCCAGAAACAGCACCGCCCUCGAUGGGCGCCGGUGUGGCCAUUUCCGCCGCACAGAUCUCCAUUGCCAUCAGGCAGAUGAGCAGCAACAGCAGCAGCAGCAGCAGUUCAUUGGAUCUCGCCAGCAACAACAACACGAUAGAUGGCCAAAAGACAAGGCAAUCGUUGGGCCUAAAACGCAAGCUUCGCGUUCGCAAAAAUGUGCCAAAAAUCAUCAAGAAGAAUUAUGAGAUCAGUAACAUCAACAGCAACAACAAUGUGGAUAACGGGACUAGCGAAUUGGGGGAUGCGGAACAGUAAUUUUAAAGUAAAAAGACGACUGAUCAUCGGCAGCCCCUGGCGGAGCAACAAUUGCAAUAUAUGAUAUUUAUUGUAAACGUAAUUUUAAUUUUUUUUAAAUAAUUUGUUUAUAUCUAUUUUUUUUGUGUGUACACCCCAUUGUACAUUUUGUUUAAACCAAGACUGCGGUCCCCCAAAUAAUGUUGCAUAAAGAGAAAGAGAGAGAAAAAAAAGCAAAAAAACGAAAAACAGCCAACCAGA